CAACAGAGCGCCCCGCGCCGCAUAAAUAGCGGGGAGCGUGCGGUGCCCGCAGCCUUGCCGCGGCGGCACGUCUGCGUUUGUACCUUCGCGUCUCGCUUCCCCGCCUGCCUCUCUUUCUCCUCUUCAUCUCGCUCCACCGCGUCCUGCCGCCAUGCCGUUCCUGGGGCAGGACUGGCGCUCCCCCGGGCAGAGCUGGGUGAAGACGGCCGACGGCUGGACGCGGUUCCUCGACGAGAAGAGCGGCGGCUACGUGGGCGACAUCAGCAGCUUUUGUAAAAAGGAUGAUCACAACAAGGAGAAUCUCUUCAACAGUCUGAACUAUGAUGUUGCCGCCAAGAAGAGAAAAAAAGACCUGCUGAAUAACAAAGCCAAGAUUCAAUAUUUCCACCAGGAGAAGUGGAUCUAUGUUCAUAAGGGGAGCACAAAAGAGCGCCAUGGUUACUGCACCUUGGGAGAAGCCUUCAACCGACUUGACUUUUCCAGUGCUAUCCUGGACUCCAGGCGAUUCAACUAUGUUGUGAGGCUGCUGGAGCUGAUAGCAAAGUCUCAGCUGACGUCACUGAGUGGCAUUGCCCAGAAAAACUACAUGAACAUUUUGGAAAAAGUGGUGCAGAAAGUCCUUGAAGAUCAGCAGAACAUCAGGCUUAUACGGGAAUUGCUGCAGACCCUCUACACCUCCCUCUGCACGUUAGUUCAACGAGUUGGCAAGUCUGUCCUGGUUGGAAACAUCAACAUGUGGGUGCACAGGAUGGAGAGCAUUCUCCACUGGCAGCAGCAACUGAACAACAUUCAGAUCACCAGGCCUCCCUUUAAAGGAACCACUUUCACAGACCUGCCAUUGUGUUUACAAUUGAACAUCAUGCAGCGACUGAGUGAUGGGAGAGACCUGGUUAGUCUUGGUCAGGUGGCUCCAGACCUGCAAGUGCUCAGCGAAGACCGACUGCUGUGGAAGAAACUCUGCCAGUACCACUUCACAGAUAGACAGAUUCGCAAACGGCUAAUCUUAUCUGACAAGGGACAGCUGGAUUGGAAAAAGAUGUACUUCAAGCUCAUAAGGUGUUACCCACGGAAGGAGCAGUAUGGUGACACGCUGCAGCUGUGCAGGCACUGCCACAUCCUGUCCUGGAAGGGUACUGAUCACCCUUGCACAGCCAACAACCCGGAGACUUGCUCCACCUCACUUUCGCCGCAAGAGUUUAUCAACUUGUUCAGGUUCUGAACCUGGCUCACCGCAGCUUAUGUGAUUCUUACAGGACACUUUACACCUCUGAGCUUGGACACUCCAUUUGUAAAUAGUGUAAAUAUUUGUGUUUGAAGCUCCUGAGUCAAACAACAAAAGCAUCUCGGAGAUGAAAGGUGAAAUUGCUCACUGAUACACAGCACUUAAGGAAUACAGACUUCCAUAGGACUGGUGUAUAAAUGCAGCAUGUUGUACAGAGUCCCUUUUUUAUGAUCAGAGUACAAGAUACAGGGCAAAAAACUUCAUAUUUUUUUUCUCUUUAGAAGCUAAAAAAGAAUUUGCCCCUCAACCGUGAGAACUCUCUUGGUUUGUUUCUAACAGAGAAAGCAAUAUGAGGCUAGGACUGUUGAACUGUCUCUCCAUCUGGUUUUAUUUAGCAUACAUAUUUAUAAAUACGAAAUUUUAAAACUAUUUAUGAAAAAUAUCCCUGUGACAAGUUUAAUACUUUUGUUUUUAAAAAGGACACAUUCUGAAAUACUUAGGGUAGAACUCUAGCCUACUUGCAAAAGAGAAUCGCACCGUACCACUUUCUACCUCUGAUAGAUUGAGUACCUUUCAAACAAAAAUCCAGUGUACAAUGUGAACUUUUGUAUUUUGUACUAUGAUUUAAAGGGAAGUGUUUGUGAUAGUAAGCAUCUUUUCUUGUAUUAAUGCUUACCUCUUUACAUUAGUUUUCUUGCUCUACUCAGUGCUUGAAUUGCCUAGAUGAUAGGCACCAUAUAAAUACCUAAGAUUUCACUCCAUCCUCUUUUAAUUUGUUGGUUUUAUGAAGGACUAAGCAAAAGGGAAAAGAGAAGCUGCAAGGAUGAAGAUUAUCUAAAAGGGAGGAAGUUCACUUAUAGAGAAACAAAGGACUGGAUUUAAUCUUGCAAUGUAAAUUUGUAUCAACUCCACUAGGUUAAUAGCACUGGUUGAAAUCCCAGGCGAGGUUAGUAUCUGGUUCUUCAAGCCCACGUUUUCCUGGUUUUCCAAUCUAUACACUGCUCUGUAUUCCCACUGCUGUCAAGUGAAUUCAGUCAUUUGGAGCUGGUAAAAUAUAGGGAGAACUGGGCUGUUGAACGUGGUGAAGUGAUACGGUUUCAGUCACUGGAAGACUGGCGGCAUCAGUUUAAGUUCAGACUAUUGGAUUUUAGGGCGAUGACUGAGACAGCAUGAAGAAAUAGGUCAGCAUUUUCCUAAAAACAGCAGUCACGACUGGUGUGAGCAAGGGAUUUCCAGCAUGACAUUUGACAUCUUCAGUUAUUUCUCUGUGCAAAGGACAUGGCAAAGACCCAGCCUAGUCCCUUCUGCUUCCAGUGCUGACCUUCUCUGCAGGAUCUUCUAACGCUAGCCUAGAGCUAAGUUUUCAGUGCUAUGGAGCAAGUAGCCAAACUCCUAAUUUCACUGUGACCAUGAUCUGGCUCGUCAUCUCCUCUGUUGUGUACACUACUUCACUGUUCCUUACAGUGGAGCUUGAAGAAUCCAUCUUGUGUGUAACCAUUUGAAAACCUGCAGUGGAAAGUUUUUGCUGUUUGCCAGCAGAUUUCCUGUACAGCACUUUCUCUGUGCAUGAUAGAAGCAGGAUGCCUCAGGAGGGUGUACAUUUGUGUGACUAUGAACAAAGAAUUGUGAGGAAGAGGAGUACUCAGGACAAUUCAGGAAGAACUACUUGAGUUAAUUAUUGUUAAAUAUUCUGUUCUUUUUUUACAUUUUUAUAACUGACUUUCAACACUUUUCUGCAGCUGUUUAUAUUUUAAAAAAUUGACAGUAUUUGCAUUUUUGCAAACUAAAUCACUUUGCAUGUUCUUGGAAGAAAUGCAAAAGGGAAGCAAGAUGCCUCUAGAUGGAGCAACGAGGAAGGGGGGAGGAAGCCUGGGAAGGAGAGAAUUGGGAAGAUGCUGACAAGAACUGCCCUUCUCCUGCCUUUCAACAGCAAAUGCAACUCUUGCUCUUCCAGAUUGCUCUGUGAGCCUGUGCCACCCUUAGCUGUGGCCCAGAGCUUGGCAUUCCUCAGAUGAGGAGAAACCAAAUGCGGCACAGGGAGCUUUAUCUUGGUGGUAUUGACUCAUUCAUCAGUUUGACUGCGGAUGGAAAGCAUAAGCCUGCUGGUUGUAUUCUUGUCAACUGAAAGUGAUUUAAAAGCUGUUACCUUGGGCAAAUGAACUUGUGCUUGUGUGGGGGUAUUUGUGAGAUGGGACAGUUUGUUUUCAUUCCCACAUUGAUGGCAGUGGGGGUAGAUGAGGCUGAAAUCUGGCUUGGUGAAUGAGGACAUUGAGGACAGAAAUCUGCAGGUGAAGUGAGCGAAGCACUGCCAUUUGGAGAUUAUUGUAGUUCCUUUUUCUAGCAGUGAGAGGUCCCAUACCCCUCAGCGUCAUCUGUUUCCAGCACUGACUUGGGGUUAGUUUGUUUUGUAGUCUUGCUUCUGCCACUGGUAGUGGGCCAACCUCUUGUGAUGGGGACACAAUGGUAUUUCUGUAUGAGAUGCUGGGGGGUUCUGCCUAGUCUGAGACUGUGCUUAGCAGAUGACACAUCCACUGUGAGACUGUGACACUGGGUGAAUUUUAAGCUCGUGUUUGAAUCCAGCCUAAUGCACUCCAUGCAUAGCAAGACAGAAAAUCCCAGCAUUCAGCCACAAUUUAGGACUAUCUCAGCUCCCACCAUUGUCUCUAUCAGCCAUUCACUGGUCUUAAGCAAAGAGUUUAUUCUGUGUCCUCUGCAAGAGAGCCAUGGGUCAUGCUGAGAGCACACUUAAUUUGCAGCUGAGGCUCCAAUUUAUAAAACUUUAGUGUUUUAUUUAUUUCUUAGCACUGUGUAGAUCUUAAAGGGUCAAAGUGCUGAAGACUUGUUAAUACAUACAGACAGUGGUGCGUUGCUAGGGCAGGGUCCUGUGAUACUGCUGUCAGUAUCUGAAGCAGCAGAAAACCAAACAGCUACUGUACUGGAGAACAAAAUGGACUAAACAAAAAAAAAAGCGCAGAAUAAGCCUCAUUCAGUCAGUGCCUCAGUCAUUACCCUCCUGCUACAGCAACUGAGACCUUGAUUUCUUUGGGAGACUCAUUGUUUCUUGAGUGGCUGGUACAGGGAGAUAUUGUGGUCAAUUCAAUACUCUUGUAUUAAAAACUAAGAGCUGUUGCAUCCAAAUACCUUUCCCUAACCACUUAUAAACAAAGCAACCAGUAUUUUAGCAGUGGAAAGGCAUCUGCUUUACCCUGGACAGCAGAGUAACAAAACUGACAGUGAUAACAGGGGCUUCCAGGCAGGAUGGUAUAAGGCUGCUCUUGUGCAAAAAGGACCUCUUUGUCUUAGGACAGUUGUGGCAAAGCUGUUGUGAAGGGAAGAAAGGCUUUUAAUCGUACUUCGGAAAUAGAUCAUUCUUUUCAAAUGAUAUUUCACCUUCUAGUUAGUUGAUGUGUGCCAAUUAGACAUGCAUCAGUUCUUAUACUAGGAACAGAGGGUUUUUUUUCCUCUACACAGGGUUUUCUCCUGCCAGUGUAUCCAGAAAAAUCUCAUUAUCCUCAGAGGAUGUGUUAGCCAAUGCAACAGUGCAGAAUGUAGUGCUGUAGAAAGGAAAACUAGAUCCAUGCAGGGGAGGAGGGUUAGGAAGGGAGAAUUCCCAGAGAUGCCUGUUUCAGCUUUCUAGAAGAGGCAAGUCUUUGGAGUUCAUUUUAGUGUGACAGCCACUUCAAGAGGCACAAUUUCAGCUGUACAUACCUUAAGCGAUUUAUACUAACUAUGGUAUGGUAAAGUUUGAUCAUAAAAUGUGUGCAUCUCCUCUUAUAUUGUUUGGGUUUCUCUUUUUUUAAUUGUGGGAAUUGCUAGAUCCUUUAAUUUUGUAAAGUGAUUAGGAAAACAUGUAUUGCUCUGAAGACAUUGCUUUGUAUGUAAACAUUUAAUUGCACCCUGCCACUUUCUGUAUAUGAGAAUAUCAUUUUCUAUUUUUCUUUGCCCCAGGUUUGAACUGUUUUGUGUUCCCAUUUCUGUUUGAUUUCAAUUAGUCUUGCAAAGCUAUCGCCUUCUAGAACAUAUGUAGGUACUAAAACAGCUUUUCAUGCCCAGAAAAUUCCUUGGCCCUUAGUGGCUAAAAUUUGAUUUAGAGCAGGAACAUUUCGAAUUCUAUUAUGUAGCUAAUAUAUCAGAUAUGCUGUUUCACACUUAUCUCUUGCUCGGUACAGCACACCAGAAUUGUCCUCUGGAGUGGUUCUUAUAAACCAGUUGCACAGCUUCCCCAUAGAUCAGCACCUUGCCAAAAAGACGUAGCUUUAAAUUAAAAUGCCACACUUCCUAGCUGGCCUGUUUGCAAAAAUGUAGACCCUGUGGAGCUGAUGGCUGAUAAGGUUGAUAAAGACUCCCCGUUACAAGGUUUGGGACCCUGGUGUUCUGCUUUUCUCACUCGCUGUUUAUCGUGAAGCUUGUUAAAGGCUCUGAAGACACAGCCAGCCAUCCAUGCAGCUGUCAGCGUGUGGCUGCUGGGCUGCGCGAGUGCCUUUCCUGGUACCAGAUUUCUGUUCCAUGUCUUCCUCCAGUGAUUUCAUUGGUAGCAAAUCAGCUUUGCAGGAUCUGGCCCUAGGGGGAACAAAUCUAUCUUGUCCUUGACAUGUGCAGUCUCCAGUAUACCUUAAACACCAGCAAUUCCCUCUCCGUUGACCAAGCAUUGCUGUUUCUCCUCCUAGGAGAGCAAUUCCUAGGAGGGUGGAACUUGCAUUUCUUUAGCCAUUAUGUGCUGCACAGAAUGCUAACGGGUCUGCUACCAAGAGAACAUUUUAAUUUGAAAUAGCAUUUAUGCUUAUCUAUAGGAACUAAUCUAUGGUAAUUAUAAAUACCUACUUAUAUAUGGAAAAGAACGUGUUCUGUUUUGUUUUUCCUUAAAGAUGUAACUAGAGAUGACAUGAAGUGAAAGGCAUCCCUUGUAUAGUAAGAUUUCUGUUUAAUAUUAAUUAUGUAUUAAUAUUACUGUGUGGUUAAAAUCCUUCCAUACUAAAUUUGCACACUUUUUUCUUUUUCCCUUGCAUGUUCAACUGAUUUUUACAGCUGUUCUGUGCAGACAGUAAUGUAUUUUUGUAAAACAUUUUUGACACUGAAUUGCAAUAAAUGUUCAAACAAUG